UCUAAAAACAUGUAUAAAUACCAAAGGCUCCGGGUCAGACAGACGAAGUUAUAUAUAUGCUCUGCAUAUCGCGUAAUAUAUAUACUCUGUAUAUCUUGGACAGCAGAAUCAGAAGAAUGACAGAGGACGAGGAGGAGAUGAAUUAUAACAUCUUAAAAUGAAACAAACCAGUAAGUUUACGCACAGUUAUCUGCAUUUGCAUUGAAAAGAAAAAUCGGAAGAGAAUAUUGAAUAGCUUGUUAGAUUGAGCUUCAUCUGGAGAUAUAAUGGAUUUGAUGAGCUUCUGCCUGGAAUUGCAAGAAUUAGGGUUUUAUGAAAAACUUCGAAUCUCUCGCUAGGAAAGAAUUUCUGCGAAUGUGUAAUUUGUCAGAUUAAGUUUCACGGAGGUAGCUUUAAACAUUUUGUUAAAUUGGAUUUUUUCCAGAAUAGAUUUUAAGUUAUAAUCCCAGAAUUAGGGUUUUUUGAUAACUUCAUAUUUCUGCCGUUACAAAAAUAAGCAGAAAAACAAGAAUAGCUUAUUAGAUAAAAUUUCAUUGUAGAGCCUGAAGAAUGGGCUACACUUAAAAGGGAAAGGUAAAUCGUGAAGGUGACCGCCCGUACUAGGUUUUUGAAUUAGCGGGCGGUUAUUUUUGUAUCGUGGGUGGUUUUAUGACGGCAAUAAAGGAGGCUGCCGAGGAGGCUGCUGCGGCUUCGUCAUCGUUUGGCAUGGGAGGUUUUAUGGAUCAGUCGUUUAUGGCGCAGGGUCGUAUCGAGAAGAGCGUGGCCAGAGGUGGGGAAAACAAUGCGGAGGAGCCACGGGAAGGGGGCCAAGAAUCAGUGGUAGUGGAGCGCAGGGGCGAUUAUGCGGCCAUAUGUCGCUGGAGCAUUGCGCAGUUUGGGAAGGUUAAGGCCAGGGCUCUGUGGAGCCGCUAUUUUGAGGUAGGUGGCUAUGAUUGCCGGUUGCUGGUUUAUCCCAAGGGUGAUUCACAGGCUCUUCCAGGCUACCUUUCAAUAUAUUUACAGGUCAUGGACCCUAGGGGGUCUUCGUCUUCAAAAUGGGAUUGCUUUGCAAGCUACAGGUUGUGUGUUGUUAACCAGAGGGAUGAAGCAAAGUCCGUACAGAGGGAUUCCUGGCAUAGAUUCUCUGGAAAGAAGAAGUCUCACGGUUGGUGUGAUUUCACGGCAAGUUCAACAAUUUUGGAUCCUAAAUCAGGGUUUCUGGCCAGUGAUACGGUGCUUAUUACAGCAGAGAUUUUGGUGUUGAAUGAAUCGGUAUCAUUUUCGAGGGAUAAUGAAUUGCAACCGAUUGUUGUUGCACCACUGCCUGAUGUUCUGAGUGGAAAGUUUACUUGGAAAGUGCACAAUUUUUCUCUGUUUAAAGAGAUGAUCAAGACACAGAAGAUAAUGAGUCCCGUGUUUCCAGCAGGGGAAUGCAAUUUACGGCUCAGUGUUUACCAAUCUUCAGUCAAUAGCACAGAUUAUCUCUCAAUGUGCUUGGAGAGCAAGGACACUGAGAAGUCCAUGCUGGCAGACCGGAGCUGCUGGUGCCUUUUCCGGAUGUCGGUUCUGAAUCAGCGUCCUGGCAUGAAUCACAUGCACAGGGAUUCCUAUGGCCGAUUUGCAGCUGACAACAAAAAUGGUGACAAUACUAGUCUUGGAUGGAAUGAUUAUAUGAAAAUGUCUGACUUUGUGGCACCAGAAACUGGUUAUCUGGUGGAUGAUACAGCAGUUUUCAGUGCAUCCUUCCAUGUGAUUAAGGAGUCCAGCAGUUUUACUAAGAACUUGGGUGGACUUAUUGGAGGAAGAGCAAAUGCCAGGAAAUCGGAUGGGUAUUUAGGGAAGUUCACAUGGAGAAUUGAGAAUUUUACAAGGUUGAAAGACCUCUUAAAGAAGAGAAAGAUUACAGGGCUAUGUGUCAAGAGUAGGCGAUUUCAGGUUGGAAACCGUGACUGCCGCCUCAUUGUCUACCCUAGGGGACAAUCGCAGCCACCUUGCCACCUUUCUGUGUUUCUUGAAGUUACAGAUCCCCGUAAUAGUUCUGCAGAUUGGAGUUGCUUUGUUAGUCAUCGAUUAUCUGUUGUCAAUCAGAAAUAUGAAGAUAGAUCAGUUACAAAGGAGUCACAGAAUCGUUAUUCAAAAGCUGCCAAAGAUUGGGGCUGGCGUGAAUUUGUGACUCUAACUAGUCUAUUUGAUCAAGAUUCAGGAUUUCUUGUACAAGAUACUGUGGUGUUUUCUGCAGAGGUUCUGAUCUUAAAGGAGACCUCUGCAAUGGAAGGAUAUGCAGAAUAUGAUGUGGAUUCACAUUCAUUGGGAUCUGAGAAGAAUAUCAACAGAGGCACAUUCACAUGGAAAGUGGAAAAUUUUCUUGCUUUUAAGGAGAUUAUGGAAACUAGGAAGAUAUUUAGCAAGUUUUUUCAUGCAGGGGGCUGUGAACUUCGUAUAGGUGUGUAUGAAUCCUUCGACACUCUCUGCAUCUACCUGGAAAGUGAUCAAUCUGCGGGAACUGAUCCUGAUAAGAAUUUUUGGGUGAGAUAUAGAAUGGCAGUGGUAAAUCAAAAGUACCCAGUUCGAACUGUAUGGAAGGAAUCAUCUAUUUGCACAAAAACUUGGAACAAUUCUGUCCUCCAAUUCAUGAAGGUCUCUGAUAUGUUGGAGGCAGAUGCAGGAUUCCUUGUACGAGAUACAGUUGUGUUUGCUUGUGAAAUUUUGGAUUGUUGCCCUUGGUUUGAGUUUUCUGAUCUGGAGGUCUUAGCUUCAGAUGAUGAUCAGGAUGCGUUGUCUACUGACCCGGAUGAAAUUAUUGAUUCUGAUGAUAGUGAGGGAAUAAGUGGUGAUGAAGAGGAUAUUUUUAGGAAUCUUCUUGCAAGGGCAGGUUUUCACCUAACAUACGGCGAUAAUCCCCCACUAUUAAUUGAUCCAUCUCAGUUACAAGUUACUUUAAGAGAAAAGUUGUUAAUGGAUGCGGGGGCAAUAGCAGCUUUCUUGACUGGUUUGCGUGUUUAUUUGGAUGAUCCAGCUAAAGUGAAGCGACUUCUUCUUCCAACUAAGUUAUCUACUUCUAACUGUGGGAAGAAAGGUGAAAAUAAAGGUGUGGCAACAUCACCUAGUCUUAUGAAUCUUCUAAUGGGUGUUAAGGUAUUGCAGCAGGCCAUUGUGGAUCUACUCUUAGAUAUAAUGGUUGAGUGUUGUCAGCCAUCUGAAGGAAAGAAAUGCAAUGAUGCUCCAGAAGCAAGGUCGAAAACUAUUUUGGAUUGCAAUGAAGCUACAACUAAUAGAACUACAAAUGGAACAGUUGAGACUGUAAAUAAUCCUGUUGAUCUGCGCCUUGAUGUUGGAAUUGAUGGAGCUGUAGGAACUCGGGCAGUACAAAGCAGUGACUUGUCAACACCAGAGCUGGUGGGAAAGACUGCAGUCUUGCCUGCUUCCUCACCUCCAGACUCAACCGCACAUGAACCCUCAGGAUUGAAUAAUUCUAACCAAAUGCAAAAGACGAAAUGGCCAGAGCAGUCGGACGAGCUGUUGGGAUUGAUCAUCAAUUCUCUCAGGGCACUAGAUGGAGCAGUUCCUCAAGGUUGUCCAGAACCUAGACGGAGGCCCCAGGCAGCACAGAAGAUUGCUUUGAUCUUGGAAAGAGCUCCAAUACAUUUGCAUUUGGAUCUUAUUGCACUGGUGCCGAAGCUGGUGGAUUAUUCUGAACACUCUUUGGCUGCAUAUGCAUUAUUAGAUCGCCUUCAGAAACCAGAUACAGAACUUGAAUUACGUCUAUCUGUUUUGGGGGCAUUAGGUCAACUGGAAGUUGGGAGUGAUGUCUGGAAACACAUUCUAUUUCAAGCUAUGGAAUUUUUGAUGCUUACAAAUGACGAGCCUUUGGCAGUUGUGAUAAGUUUCAUUUUCAAAGCUGCAUCUCAAUGCCAGCAACUACCUCAAGCAGUGAGGGCUGUUCGUAGCAGAUUAAAGAGUUUAGGAGCGGCAGUAUCUCCAUGUGUUUUAGAUGUUCUAAGAAAUACAGUUGUCAGUUGGGCAGAUGUUGCUGAAGCUAUAUUGAGAGAUAUUGAUUCAGAUUGUGAAAUUAGUGAGAAUGAUUUUACUGCAUCAAGUGCAAUGUUUGUUUAUAGGGAAUGUGGUCUUGCUGCAGAGCAGGUUGCAGCAGCAUGUGGGAGAGUAGCUGAUGUGGAUAUCCUUGUAGAAAUGCUAUCUGAACAUCGGGAACAUCAUCUUAUGAUAGAAGCGCAGCAUGUCUUCGAGAGAGCUAUUGCUCGGCGGGCCUUUGGGGAACAAUCAGUGGUUAUGGUUCUAGAAAGACGGCGUGCUCAGAGACUGACAAUGGGUUCUAGUUGUUGUACUGGUUCUAUUCAAAAUCAAGAGUCAUUUGUAUCGGGUACGGCCAGCCAAUCAUUAUCAAAAGAGGAAGAUGAUUUUGCUGCAGUGCUUGGUCUUGCGGAAGCUUUGUCUGUCUCUAGGGACUCUAGAGUUAGAGAAUUUGUAAGUACACUGUAUGCUGUAAUGUUCAAAGUGUAUGGAGAUGAAGGUUAUCGUGAGCGAAUGUUGAGGGGGCUUGUUGAGCGUGCAACCAGUAGCACAAAUAGCUGUCAUGAAAUAGAUCUAGGGAUGGACAUUUUGACAUUUCUUGUGCGAGAAGAGGAAGGGACAGCAAGACCAGUUUUAAGUAUGAUGCGUGAGGUGGCUGAAAUUGCCAAUGUUGAUCGUACUGCACUUUGGCAGCAGUUGUGUGCAAGUGAAGAGGAAAUAAUUCGAGUUCGUGAAGCAAGGCAAAAUGAAAUAGCUAUUCUUACUAGAGAAAAAGCCUUGUUAUCACAAAGAUUAGGUGAAUUUGAAGCUACAACAUCACGUCUAAAGUCUGAAAUGAAGGCUGAAUUGGAUCGUUUUGCACGGGAGAAAAAGGAUCUCUCUGAACAAAUACAGGAAGCAGAAAAUCAAAUUGAGUGGAUUCGUUCUGAACGUGAUGAAGAAAUUGCCAAGCUUGCUGGUGAAAAGAAAGUUCUUCUGGAUCAUCUGUAUGAUGCAGAAACACAGCUUGCUCAGCUAAAAUGUCGUAAACGUGAUGAAUUGAAGAGAGUAAUGAAAGAGAAGAAUACAUUGGCAGAGAGGCUCAAGAAUGCUGAGGCUGCACGUAAAAGAUUUGAUGAAGAGCUCAAGCGUUUUGCUACAGAAACAACAACUCGAGAAGAAGUACGACAGUCACUAGAAAAUGAAGUUCAACGGCUUACUCAAACAGUUGGGCAAACUGAAGGAGGCCUCAGACAAAAAGAAGAGCAGGUUGCUCGAUGUGAAGCAUAUAUAGAUGGGAUGGAGGCAAAGCUACUGGCCUGCGAGAAAUAUAUACAAUCGUUGGAAGGAUCUCUACAAGAGGAGAUGUCCCGUCAUGCUCCCUUAUAUGGAGCUGGUCUGGAAGCUCUCUCCAUGAGUGAACUUGAGACUCUUGGACGUAUUCAUGAAGAUGGGCUUCGGCAAGUCCUGGCCUUGCAACAACAACGCAAGGGAAUCUGUGGUGAGGUCCUGGUAAUGAACAUUGAUCCUUCAACGAACAAUGCAUCACUUCAUCCUCCACUAAGCAUGUAUGGUACACCACCUCCAAUGGCUAUAGGAAUGCCUUCAGUAAUCCCCAAUGGUGUUGGAAUCCAUAGCAAUGGCCAUCUAAAUGGUGCUGUGGGCCCUUGGUUCCCUCCAACUUGAGGACUGUCUAUAUAUUGAUGCAUUCUUCCAAAUAUGAUUCAAUUGAAUGUUUGACAGCAUACGCUUGCAAUUUCAUCCAGCUUGGUUUUGUAUUUUAUCCACAUGAAAUUGUUCAGUGUAUUCUGAUGAUAUUUUUCGAGAAAAUGAAUAACUCAUUUGUAUACUGGCUUUUAAUUGUAAAUUGGCAUAACGGGUAUUCUAUUGUUAACUUUCACUUUCA